GCAUUUUCUUGUGUGUUCAAACAAACUUCCUUUUUUGAUAGGAUACACCCAUUCCUCCACAUUAGGGGUUCGAAAUGGCUACCCUUCUUCUCACCCUUCUCUCGGCUGCAUUGCUCGCUUCGAUAGCGACAAUGCAUGUCGAGGCCCGGGCCUUCUUCGUGUUUGGGGACUCGCUCGUGGACGUUGGCAACAACAACUACCUCGCAACGACUGCACGCGCGGACGCCCCACCAUACGGAAUUGACUAUCCCGGGCGCCGCGCCACCGGCCGCUUCUCCAACGGCUACAACAUCCCCGAUCUCAUCAGUCAGAGCAUUGGUCAAAGUGAAUCGCCUCUGCCCUAUUUGAGUCCAGCAAUGAGUGGCUCCAAAUUGCUAAUUGGCACCAAUUUUGCAUCUGCUGGAGUUGGAAUCCUUAAUGACACUGGAGUUCAGUUUGUGAAUAUAAUCAGAAUUGGGCAACAGAUGCAAUAUUUUCAGCAAUAUCAGUCUAGAUUGAGCCAAAUAGUAGGAGCAGAAGAGAGUCAAAGACUCGUGAAUGAAGCUUUGGUCCUAAUCACUUUGGGAGGAAAUGAUUUUGUUAACAACUAUUAUUUGGUACCAUUUUCUGCCCGAUCACGCCAGUAUUCUCUUCAGAACUAUGUUCCCUUUAUCAUCUCCGAGUAUCGCAAAGUUCUGAUGAGACUACAUGAGCUAGGUGCACAAAAGGUUCUGGUCACUGGAACCGGGCCACUCGGCUGUGUACCCGCCGAGCUAGCUCAGCGUAGCAGGAACGGAGAGUGCUCACCGGAACUCCAACUAGCUGCCGGACUCUUCAACCCGCAGCUCACCGAGAUGCUUCUCUCGCUCAACUCUGAGAUUGGUAGCAACGUCUUCAUCGCUGCCAACACACAGCUUACACACUACGACUUCAUCAACAACCCUCAAGCAUUCGGGUUCGUGACCUCAAAGGUGGCGUGCUGCGGACAGGGACCGUACAACGGGAUAGGUCUAUGUACACCACUCUCCAACCUGUGCCCAAACAGAGAUGUGUAUGCAUUUUGGGACCCAUUCCAUCCCUCUGAGAGAGCAAACAGAAUCAUUGUGCAGCAAAUCCUGACUGGAUCAUUAGACUACAUGAAUCCCAUGAAUCUCAGCACCAUUCUAGCCAUGGAUUCUCAGACAUGAAUCAUCAAUUCAUGAUGAUGGUCCAAGCAAAAAGUUUAGUUUCUGAUUGGCUUUUUCCCUUUUACUAUUUCAUUGCACAUUCAUGUUUAAGAUCAUAUGUUUUGUGUUUCAAUUUGUGUCUUUUUCUUUCCAGUGUAAUUGUUAUGGAGAGAACUUUUUUAUUUCUAUUUUUGUAUUUUGGUUUUGGUUGAGGAAUUUAAUGAAUUAGUAUGAUAUUCUGUCUGUUGUGGUAAA